AUGGGACUCAGUUUCCCCAGAGCGACCCGCGUGGGGCGCGCGCCGGGCCUGGGUGGGGGGGCGCGGGCGGAGGCGGAGCUCGCGCCCCCGCCGGGACGAGGCUCCGCCUCCUCUCCGCGGCUCCGCCCCGCCCCGCCCCUGCCUCCCCCCUCCCUCGGGCUCGGGCCGCCGGCCGCGGCCGCGGCUCCGCUCCGCACUGCCCGGCGCCGCCUCGCCAUGGAUCCGCAGCCCCCGCCGCCGCGCGCCGAGGAGGCGAAGGACGAGGGCGGCCCGCGCGGCCGGCUCCGCAGCCGCGACAGCACGAGCGGCCGGCCUGGCACCCCUGGCACGGCCAAGGGCGGCCCGAAUGGCGAGUGCGGGCGCGGCGAGCCGCAGUGCAGCCCCGAGGGCGCGGCGCGGGGCCCCCAAGUGUCGUUCUCGGGGCCGGCGGAGGAGGAGGCGGGCCCGGCCGGGGAGCCGCGCGGUAGCCAGGCCAGCUUUAUGCAGCGCCAGUUCGGCGCGCUCCUGCAGCCCGGCGUCAACAAGUUCUCGCUGCGGAUGUUCGGCAGCCAGAAGGCUGUGGAGCGCGAGCAGGAGCGCGUGAAGUCCGCGGGGGCCUGGAUCAUCCAUCCUUACAGCGACUUCAGGUUCUACUGGGACUUCACCAUGCUGCUGUUCAUGGUGGGAAACCUCAUCAUCAUUCCCGUGGGCAUCACCUUCUUCAAGGAUGAGACCACGGCACCCUGGAUCGUGUUCAACGUGGUCUCGGACACCUUCUUCCUCAUGGACCUGGUGCUCAACUUCCGCACGGGGAUCGUGAUCGAGGACAACACGGAAAUCAUCCUGGACCCCGAGAAGAUCAAGAAGAAGUACCUGCGCACUUGGUUUGUGGUGGACUUCGUGUCCUCCAUCCCAGUGGACUACAUCUUCCUCAUCGUGGAGAAGGGCAUCGACUCUGAAGUCUAUAAGACGGCGCGUGCCCUGCGCAUCGUGCGCUUCACCAAGAUCCUCAGCCUGCUGAGGCUGCUUCGCCUGUCCAGGCUCAUCCGCUACAUCCACCAGUGGGAGGAGAUCUUCCACAUGACCUAUGACCUAGCGAGCGCAGUCAUGCGCAUCUGCAACCUCAUCAGCAUGAUGCUGCUGCUCUGCCACUGGGACGGCUGCCUGCAGUUCCUGGUGCCCAUGCUGCAGGACUUCCCCAGCAACUGCUGGGUCUCCAUCAACAACAUGGUGAACCACUCAUGGAGCGAGCUCUACUCCUUCGCACUCUUCAAGGCCAUGAGCCACAUGCUGUGCAUCGGGUAUGGGAAGCAGGCACCCGAGAGCAUGACGGACAUCUGGCUCACCAUGCUCAGCAUGAUCGUGGGCGCCACGUGCUAUGCCAUGUUCAUCGGCCACGCCACUGCCCUCAUCCAGUCGCUGGACUCCUCCCGGCGCCAGUACCAGGAGAAGUACAAGCAAGUGGAGCAGUACAUGUCCUUCCACAAGCUGCCUGCCGACUUCCGCCAGAAGAUCCACGACUACUACGAGCACCGAUACCAGGGCAAGAUGUUCGACGAAGAUAGCAUCCUGGGCGAGCUGAACGGGCCUCUGCGGGAGGAGAUCGUCAACUUCAACUGCCGAAAGCUGGUGGCCUCCAUGCCGCUCUUCGCCAACGCUGACCCCAACUUCGUCACGGCCAUGCUGACGAAGCUCAAGUUCGAGGUCUUCCAGCCAGGCGACUACAUCAUCCGUGAGGGCACCAUUGGCAAGAAGAUGUACUUCAUCCAACAUGGCGUGGUCAGCGUGCUCACCAAGGGCAACAAGGAGAUGAAGCUGUCAGACGGCUCCUACUUCGGGGAGAUCUGCCUGCUCACGAGGGGCAGGCGCACGGCCAGCGUGCGCGCCGACACCUACUGCCGCCUCUACUCGCUCAGCGUAGACAACUUCAAUGAGGUGCUGGAGGAGUACCCCAUGAUGCGGCGUGCCUUCGAGACGGUGGCCAUCGACCGCCUGGACCGCAUCGGCAAGAAGAACUCCAUCUUGCUGCACAAGGUGCAGCACGACCUGAGCUCAGGCGUGUUCAACAACCAGGAGAACGCGAUCAUCCAGGAGAUCGUCAAGUAUGACCGCGAGAUGGUGCAGCAGGCAGAGCUGGGCCAGCGCGUGGGGCUCUUCCCGCCGCCGCCCCCUCCACAGGUCACCUCGGCCAUCGCCACGCUGCAGCAGGCGGUGGCCAUGAGCUUCUGCCCCCAGGUGGCGCGGCCACUCGUGGGGCCGCUGGCGCUGGGUUCACCGCGCCUCGUGCGCCGCGCGCCCCCUGGGACCGCGCCCGCCGCCACAGCCUCUUCGCCCGGAACCGGGCCAGCAGCCAGCCCGCCGGGCGUGCCCGCCAGCCCCCGGGCCCCGCGGACCUUGCCCUACGGCGGCAUACCCGGCUCGCCCGCAGGUCCCCGCGUCGGGCCCACACUACCCGCGCGCCGUCUGAGCCGUGCGUCGCGCCCACUGUCGGCCUCACAGCCCUCGCUGCCCCACGGCGCGCUCGGCCCGGGGCCCGCGAGCUCGGCGCGCCCGGCCAGCAGCUCCACGCCGCGCCUGGGGCCCGCGCCCGCCACACGCGCAGCCGCCCCCCCGAGCCCGGACCGCAGGGACUCGGCCUCACCCAGCGCCGCCGGCGGCCUCGACCCGCUGGACUCUGCGCGCUCUCGCCUCUCGUCCAACUUGUGA